UCCACACCAUAGUUUGAUCUUAUAAAACACCCCGUAUGAACGGAAGCGUUUUGAACUCUGCCGUUAGGUGUUCUAGAAUUUUCCACAACUGGGCAGGCAGCUUUAGGGCACGUCUUGCGCAUGCGCCGUGCAGUUCACGUGGAGACGGUCCCCAUCCAGUGUGUCAGAUUAAGAACCGGGUUGCAGCAGCUUCGCAUCGACUCUCUGACUUCUCACUCACCCCAGAAAUGGCCUUUAGGAAAUUCCUCCCCCUGUUCGACAGGGUGCUGGUGGAGCGCCUCGUCGCAGAGACGGUCACCAAGGGGGGCAUCAUGCUGCCUGAGAAGUCUGCAGGCAAAGUGCUGCAGGCCACGGUGGUGGCAGUAGGACCUGGCUCCGUCAAUCCGGACUUCUACAACUGGCAGGAUGAGUCAUUUGAGGAGAUGGACAGCACCCUGGCUGUCCAACAGUACAUUCAGCAGAACAUUAGAUCGGAUUGCUCCAAUAUCGACAAAAUCCUGGAGCCUCCGGAGGGUCAGGAUGAAGGGGUGUGGAAGUACGAACACCUCAGGCAGUUCUGCCUGGAGCUCAAUGGCUUAGCUGUAAAACUGCAGAGUGAGUGCCAUCCAGACACCUGCACCCAGAUGACCGCCACAGAGCAGUGGAUCUUUCUAUGUGCUGCCCACAAGACGCCCAAAGAGUGCCCUGCCAUUGAUUAUACCAGGCACACGCUGGACGGAGCUGCCUGUCUUCUCAAUAGCAACAAAUACUUCCCCAGCAGGGUGAGCAUCAAGGAGUCAUCGGUGGCCAAACUGGGCUCCGUUUGUCGUCGCAUCUAUAGGAUAUUCUCCCACGCCUACUUCCAUCACCGCCAGAUAUUUGACAAGUACGAGAACGAAACAUUCCUGUGUCACCGGUUCACGCGCUUCGUAAUGAAAUACAACCUGAUGUCCAAGGACAACCUGAUCGUUCCCAUCCUGGAGGAGGAGGUGCAGAACACCUCGUCGGCCGGGGAGAGCGAGGCCUGAACACGAGCUGCUGCUGCUGCUGGCGCCACGUUGUGCAACAUGCAGUCACACGUGACAGGAGACGCAUUGACACACCCUGCAUAUACAGUACACACAUCUAUAUAUAAAUAUACACACUAAGGUGUAUUGAGGCUCAUGUUUAGCAACACUGUCCUUGUCCCCUGUGUCUCUCGGUGGAAGUUAGGUCGUAGUGGAGCGCAGAGUUCAUCUGUACCUGCAGGACAAGCUGAUGUGUAUUUUUUUCCCUUCUCUAUUUACACUGUUUAUUCAGACAGAUGCAGCCCCUGUCUCACACUACUCCUUUUUGUUUUCCUUUAAUCUUUUAGCAGCUGGAUUUGCAAAAUGUAAUCAUGGUGACCUGAAUUAGCGUCUCCCACCUGCCCGCCCCUCUGUACAUAACCCCCCCCCCCCCUCCCAUAUCUCCAUCAUAUUUUCUGAUGGCGCUUCACCUUUUUUGUGUCUGCUUCUGUUCUCCUUUCGCUUGCGUUGCCUUCCAGCAUUUUUUCCCCCCUCUCUGGGGGGGGGGGGUUGUCCCAUGAAAUGGAUCACUAAAUUAGCCUGCUGACUUGAUAAUGCUAUUAAAAACACAAUUGUAAGUGUGUGGCUUGUGUGGUAGUGUACAAAGACAACCUCUAGCUUUGUGAGUGUCCCAGCAGUCAGAUCUCUGGUCCUGCUUCAUGGUCCGUUCCCGACGUUCCCCUUUGCAUCCCCUCACGGGACUGUGCUGCCGUAAGCCGGUUCGGAUGAGGAUGAAAGGGUGAAAAGACGGCUACGUAUCCGAGCACAACCUCCCUUUUAUCCUCCCGCCUCAUUAAGUUAUUUUGUGGGAGGAGUCUUGUCUAUCCAAACCCACUUUUUUAUUUUUUAAAUGGACUAAAACAUUUGUUACCGUCGACAUUUUCAUGAUGUCUGUUAAUAAAAAAAUACCUUAUUCAAA